AUGGCCAAGGACAACUUCCGAGACGGCAAAGCUCCAUUCAACUUGAAAUCGAGACAUACGCCCUGCGAGACGUACUACAAAAUCUACGGCGACCUGGACUGCGGCAGACCUCCUCUGAUAGUCCUCCAUGGCGGUCCGGGCGUCGGCCAUGCAUAUCUCGAGGCGUACAGUGGAAUCGCGACGGAUUGCGGAAUACCUGUCGUCUUCUACGAUCAGAUCGGCUGUGCUCUGUCCACGCACCUGCCAGAGACCAAUGGCGACAAGGCGUUCUGGCAACCAAGUCUGUUCGUAGAGGAGCUGGAGAGCCUCCUGGCACACCUCAACAUCAGCCGCGAGGAUGGACCGGGCUUCCACGUCUUCGGACACAGCUGGGGUGGUACUCUGGCUGCGACCUUCGCCUCUCGCCAACCUCCCGGACUUCGCAAAUUGAUCAUCGUCAGCGGAACUUCCGAUGGACAGAUCUUUCAGAAUCACCUCUGGCAAUUGCUGAAGCAGCUGCCGGAGGCCCAUGAAAAGGCCGUGGAAGAUGCGAUACGAAGAGAAGACCUUACGGAUCCAGCAUAUUUGGCGGCGAUGGCGGCGUUUGGCAAGGCGUUCCUCUGUCGGUCAGACCCCUGGCCUCCUGCGGAGCUGAUAGAGAGUCGCAAGAAUCAGGCCGCGGACCCGACCGUUCGUGAUACCAUGUUAGUCAGGCUGUCUCUUGCUCGUAUACAGUUCGACGACUUACUAAUCCCAAUCCUCCUCGCAGGCAAGGCCGGUCGCCCUUCCUGUACGACGGGUCAAUGGAGCACUACAGCACCAUUCCGCUCCUACCCAAAAUCAACGUCCCGACUCUACUUUUCAACGGCGAAUUCGACACCGCAGGCUACCCUGUGAUGGUGCAAUUCUUCAACCACAUUCCCAAGGUGAAAUGGAUGACACUCGAUGGCGCAAGCCAUAUGUCUCAUUUGGAUUCUGAAGCAAUGCGAGAGAGAACUUUGAAGCUGGUCGGCGAGUUUCUGAAAGACAGUCAAUAG